AUGCAGUUUCAGGACGCAUGCGUGACCAUAGCGGGUGACACGGCCGACGACUGCGCCGGGCGAGCGGUUUCGACUCUGGAGGUGGUUGCGUCGUCGGAGGUCUCAAUGGCGCCCUUAUCCUUUGCGGAGCCCCUUGUCGAACACUCCGAUUCGUUCACGGGUGAGACGCCCAUCAAUUUGUCGCCGGAGCUGGUUUGUCUGUUGGGCGGGGAUUUCUCUUUCGUGUGCACUGCCAAGAUGGACGGCGUCGGCCCGUGGAGCCGCAUAUUCGACUUCUCCCUCGAAGCGGACGAGGACAGCAUCACAGCGGGGGCCAUCGAGCUCACUCAAGAUUUCCACUUCACCAUCUUCCGGGGGAAGAAGCCAAUCAGCGUGCGCGUUGACGGUUUAUUCAAGCUCGGAGAGGAGUUCACCGUGCUGUGCACUGUUUCGGCCGCUGGGCACAUGAAAGUGUUCAAGGACGGCGUGCUUGUGGGUGAGAGGACGGAUGGGAUGGCACCGCUACGCGUGGACAGGCCGCGCAUGAUGGUCGGCGGCCACUAUUUGUUCCAGGAUCAAUACUUCCGUGGUACCUUGAAAGACGUGAAGGUUUGGAACCAAGAAGUCGCUUGGGAGGCGCAGUCAGCGUCGAGGGUUUUCGUGCACGCCUUUGGCAAAGUGUUUUCGGAGCACGUGGAGACAUCGCCCGGUUCGGAGUUGGACGGCAAGCUCCGCGGUGUCCGCGAUGCGGUGGAUCCGACAAGCGAGGACGCGAAGGCUUGA